AUGGCUUAUGAUACAAACUAUCCAGAAGAACUACAAUUAAAAAAUUCAAUUUCAUCAUCAUUUCACAUUGGUUCAUUACAGGGGUUUUCAGGCAAUUUCUCAGAAGAUAGAUUAAAAAGAUUAUCAAGAUGUACCUUGAUUGAAGAAAUAUCACCAGAUAUAGUAAUACAUUCAUUUGAUGUUCAUUAUCAAAUGUUAGCUCCAAGACAUUUAGCAAGAAUAAGUAGAAGAAAAAGAAUGUUACCAAUAAGGAUAUUUCCUUUCAUAUAUGAUAGAGAUUUUAGUGGUAGACAAGUUAAUGCAUAUGUUAUAGAUUCAGGUAUUGAUAUUGGAAACCCUGAAUUUCAAGGUAGAGCUCGUUUUGGUCAAGAUUUUUCAAAUGAAGGUCAAGGUGACUCAAAUGGACAUGGGACACAUGUAGCUGGGCUUAUAGGGUCCAUGACUUAUGGAUCAUCUAAAAAUGUUGAAUUAAUUGAUGUAAAAGCAUUAAAUUCAAAAGGUACAAGUAGUUUAAGUACUGUUAUAUCAGCAAUGGAAUUUGCAGUAAAUCAUAGACUAAGAAGUGGGAGAGCAGGAGUCACAAAUUUAUCAUUUGGAGCUCAUCAAAAUGGAAUUCUAAAUAGAGCAGUUGAACAAGCUUCUUUAACCGGCAUGAUAUUUGUAGUAGCUGCUGGGAAUUCAAAUAUAAAUUCUUGUUUAAUGAGUCCUGCAAGUUCACCAGCUGCUAUCACGGUAGGAGCAAUUGAUGAUUUUAGUGAUACUAUUUCAAGCUUUUCCAAUUGGGGUCCAUGUGUUGAUUUAUUUGCAAGUGGUUCAAAUGUACGUAGUGUUGAUUAUAAAAAUUUUUAUACUUCACUGAUUUUAUCAGGUACUUCAAUGUCAAGUCCAAUAGUUGCCGGUAUAGUUGCUAAUCUUUUAAGUGAUGGAUAUGAACCUGAUCAAAUCAAAACACAAUUGAUUAGAAUGGCUACAAAAGAUAGAAUAUCCAGAGCAAGUUUAUACUUUAGGCCAGAAACAAUGAAUCGCAUUGCUUUUUUACAAGUUGAACAAAGAUCUUGA